GAGACGUCGCUGUGGAGACCUCCUCGCUGCACCGGGGAGGCUCGGAUGGCGAGUCGGCGCCGCCGCCGCCGCUUGGCCGGCCCGAAGCGGCUCCAAAACGGGGCACCUCGCCGAGAAAAGCCGCCUCCGCCGGAGCUCCCCGCUGAGCCGGCCACGCUGAGGGCCGCCGAAGACCGCGAAGGCCGCGCGGUGGUGCUGCUCCCUGCGGAGCAAACUCUGACCUUCACGGGCAAGUGUCGCCUGACAUGCCUGUAUGGAUCCGUGCAGGUUUUGGGGUUCACCAUCGCUCCGGACCAGCCCCCUUACGACCUCUACUCCCCGCACACCUACUGCGCCCUCACCAUCGAAGCUGCCGCCGGCAUCGAGGACCCGGGAAAAUCGGAGAAGGAGGUGAAACUGGAGGCCAAGGCCCUCCUGCGAGCACACCGUGUACCCCAGGAGUCCCGAGUCCGACUGCUGAAAAGCUUUGGGCCAGACUGCUCCAUCCUUUUGCUAGAACAGCUGGACACACCGGUGACCCAGUUCAUUCUCAGCCACCCGGAAUUCGCCCAGAUCUUCAGAGCGAAAAAACAAGAUGCUUUCCCCGUCACCCCAGAAGAUCCAGUGCUGGCUUCUGCCGGCCUUGGGCAGCUGGACCCCGGCAGUGGCCUGCUGGUAUCCCAGAGCAUGGGUUCGGCCAUCGGGGAGCUGUUCCACGCUUGCCAGGUGGAAGAUGAAGGCUGCCCGGUUAUCUUAGUUUGUGGCCCAAAAAGCAUCGGAAAAUCAACAUUUAACAGAUACCUGAUGAAUCUUUUACUAAACCGCCUUCCCUGCCUCGAAUACUUGGAAUGCGAUUUGGGGCAGCCGGAGUUCACCCCACCGGGCUGCAUUUCCCUGGUGAACGUGCGGGAACCCCUUUUGGGUCCACCAUUCGCCCACCAGCGCCCCCCUCGCAAAAUGGCCUACUACGGGGACGCCUCUUGCGAGCAUGACACCGAGCGAUACCUCGACACCCUAAAAUACGUCUUCGGAGGCUACGAGAGAGACGUCCCUCUGCUGAUCAACACCAUGGGCUGGGUGAAAGGGGCCGGCUUGCUGCUCCUGAUCGACGUCAUCCGCUCGCUGUCGCCCACCCACGUCGUCCAGCUCAGCGCCGAGGAUUUCAAAGAGCUGCCUCAGCUCUCCGCCGACUACAUCCGCGGCAACGCCGGCCUGCACACCCGGGGGAAACCCUCCCUCAAAAGGAAACAUCCCGGCGAAAGCUGGCAACACUGCCAGAACCACGGAGGCACCCAUGCUCCACAGCCUGGGCAUCAGUUGCUGUGCGUCCACGCCAAAUUUCCGGGCGCCGGAGUCCCCGGCAUAGGGCGAGCACACAGCAGCACCCUGAGGAACCUCACCAUGGUGGGCUACCUGGGCCAGCUGCAGCCCCCCAACGUGGAACCGGUGGUCCCCCUGCCCAGCCUGGUGCCCUAUCAGGUGCCCUUCACCGCCACUGCCCUCAAGGUGAUCCACAUGGACGUGGCCCCGACUCACAUCUUGUGUUCCCUCAACGCCAGUUGGGUCGGCCUGUGUCACCUGCCGGAUCAGGUGCCGUGUAAAGCAGAGGGGCCGGUGGUGUUGUCGUCGUCCCAGACGCCCCUCUGCGACUGCCUGGGCUUCGGAAUUGUCCGAGGGGUUGACAACCAAAAGCUUUACUACAUCCUGACGCCGGUGGCUCCGGAGAACUUACGCCGCGUCAACUGUUUGCUGAUCGGCAACAUCGCCAUCCCCAAUUGCGUCUUUUUGAACCAAGCCAGGACCGAUGGGGAGAUCCCAUACGUCACCUCGGAUUACAAUUACGACAUCUCCGGUGCUGGGAAAUUAAAAAUUAAGAAGCAUCUGCAGAGGCGAGAGCACCGAUGCCCGUGAAUUCCUCCUUCGUCUCCGGGACCCAGCGGACUUUCUCUUGUUUUGAACCGGCGUGGUGUCUUCCCCCUCGGCGAAAUUUGCAUCCUCCCUUCUCCAGUUAGCGGGAUUGUUUUUUUUUUUUAUCACGAUAUUCUAAUUAAAAACAUUUUGUACAAACCU